AUGCAGGAAAGUUGGAUGAACAGUCUGAGUUCAAAUCUAACUUCAGUCAAUCCUGAUCUUCAGAACACAGAGCGUCAAGAUGUGUUACACAGUGAAGUGAAGAGUUUGAUGCUUGGUUUGAGUUCUGCAGUAUCAGCGCUGACAUCCAAACUAAAUGAUGCAGUUAGCAAUCAGGACCAGAAACAGACUGAAACAAAAAAAAUAUUAGACAAUUUGAGCUCGUCAGUUACUUCUCUACAAUCUGAUCUACAAAAGAAGCAGCGUGACUUUGAGUCUCUGUCGAGCUCACUGAGGGACCUGAAGAGUUCAGUUUCAGAUCUCUCUUCUUCUGUUGCAUCUGUUUCUUCUCAACUAUCAGUCCACAUGAAGGAUGUGACACAAACUGACAUAAAGAGUUUAAUGAACAAUUUGAGUUCUGCAGUGUCAGCGCUGACGGUGCAGCUGAGUGAUGCAGUUAACAAGCAGGACCAGAAACAGAGUCAAACAGAAAGAUCACUGGACAGUUUGAAGGCAUCUGUAGAGUCUGAUCAACAAAACAAACAACGUGACUUUGAGUCUCUGUCGAGCUCACUGAGGGACCUGAAGAGUUCAGUUUCAGAUCUCUCUUCUUCUGUUGCAUCUGUUUCUUCUCAACUAUCAGUCCACAUGAAGGAUGUGACACAAACUGACAUAAAGAGUUUGAUGAACAAUUUGAGUUCUGCAGUGUCAGCGCUGACGGUGCAGCUGAGUGAUGCAGUUAACAAGCAGGACCAGAAACAGAGUCAAACAGAAAUAUCACUGGACAGUUUGAAGACAUCUGUAGAGUCUGAUCAACAAAACAAACAACGUGACUUUGAGUCUCUGUCGAGCUCACUGAGGGACCUGAAGAGUUCAGUUUCAGAUCUCUCUUCUUCUGUCGCAACUGUUUCUUCUCAACUAUCAGUCCACAUGAAGGAUGUGACACAAACUGACAUAAAGAGUUUGAUGAACAAUUUGAGUUCUGCAGUGUCAGCGCUGACGGUGCAGCUGAGUGAUGCAGUUAACAAGCAGGACCAGAAACAGAGUCAAACAGAAAUAUCACUGGACAGUUUGAAGACAUCUGUAGAGUCUGAUCAACAAAACAAACAACGUGUCUUUGAGUCUCUGUCGAGCUCACUGAGGGACCUGAAGAGUUCAGUUUCAGAUCUCUCUUCUUCUGUCGCAACUGUUUCUUCUCAACUAUCAGUCAGCAUGCAACAGCAGGAUGUGAAAAGCUUGAUGAAUAGUUUGAAUGUUACAGUAUCAGCACUGACAUCUACACUAAAUAAUGCAGUUAAAAAGCAGGAACAGAAACAGACGGAAACAGAAAGAUCCCUGGACAGUUUGAAGUCAUCUGUACAGUCUGAUCAACAAAACAAACAGCGUGACUUGGAGUCUCUGAAGAGCUCAUUGAGGGACCUGAAGAGGUCAGGGUCAGAUCUCACUUCUUCUGUCGCAUCUAUUUCCUCAAAACAACAAACCUCUGAGGAAAGAGUCAUGAACGCUCUGAAGGAGCUGAUGAAUAAAAUGAGUGCCAAAACAGCAGACGUCCUUGUGGCUAACUGUAAAUCUGGCUGGAUCUUGCACAAAAGCAGCUGUUUCUUGUUCUCUAGUAAUCAACUCACCUGGUCAGCAGCACGAGAUUACUGCAAAGCGCAGAACGCAUUACUCCUGAAAAUACAAGAUGACAAUGAGGAGUGGGCCUUUAUGAACAAUCAUACCAUACCCACAAGCUUCUGGGUGGGUCUAACGGAUCAGACCACAGGCCAGUGGAGAUGGGCGGAUGGAACUCCUUACAUCAUGAAUAAAGAGCGCUGGAAUCCUGGGCAGCCGGAUGACUGGAGAGAGCAUGGUAUGGGAGAGGGAGGAGAGGACUGUGGGCAGAUAACAUCUUCUGGGAAACUAAAUGACAACCACUGCUCUGUCAAAAUGAGAUUUAUUUGCAGAGUGUAG